CAGAGGCUGCCGGCAACAGCCUCCGAGGCCUCUCCUGCUCCGCUCCGGGAGCCGAGAUGGACUCCGGCGGCGAGACCCACGAGCUGAACGGGCGGGCGGAGGGAGCGGAGCCGGCGGUGGUCGAACGGUACAGACCAUCACAGUGGUUUCAGAGAAAUGGACCUAUGAAUAUCAACCACUACGCAAACAAGAAGAGCGCUGCAGAGAGCAUGCUGGACAUUGCACUGCUGAUGGCCAAUGCUUCACAGCUGAAAGCUGUGAUUGAGCAAGGACCUUCUUUUUCAUUCUAUAUGCCCCUUAUUGUUCUCAUCAGCCUGUCGCUCGCAAUGCAAAUUAUGGUGGGAGUACUCCUGAUAUUCCUUGUAAAAUAUGACCUUAACAACCCUGCAAAACAUGGUAAGCUGGAUUUCCUCAACAACCUUGCAACUGGACUAGUAUUCAUUAUAGUUGUUGUGAACAUUUUCAUCACCGCCUUUGGAGUUCAGAAGUCAGGUGCCAAGUCAGAGUAAAGGCAGUGAGUACAAGAGAUGUGAAGCAUUCGUUCUUCCAUAGAUGCCAUUUGCACUUGGGCCACCUACACUUGGACACAUUAAAAAAAAUAUCUGAAGAAGUCAGACACACAGAGCAGCUUUCUCAGGUUUCCAACAAGCAACACAUCUGUGUACCCAGAGUUUUCCAGUGUGUUUAUACUUAAAUUAUUUGGCAUCUAAGGAAAGGUUGCUUUUGACCCAAGGACAUUGCUUUUCCAGGGACUGGCAUUUCAAUUUGUAGAUCAUUUUUCAGAAAAGUGGCAUAAACAGGUAUUAUCAACUGAUGGGACUUCACACAUUUCAGGACUUCCCAUUUCUGUGCCUUUUGCUUUUACAGUGACUUGACAUUUACACAGUGGUAAGAAGCUGCAGGCCUCCAGUCUUUCAUGUUCCCUUUGUCCUUCAUUUCACUCACUUGGCACCUAUGCUGUCCAUAGCACAGCAGUUUUCCCUUGCAUUUUUUCAAGGUAGCUGUGCCUUGUUUUCUCUCCCUCUCCCAGUUCCAUUCUUUAACUAAAGCAGUGCUACAACUAGAAGCAGUAGACUAUCCUUUGGCCAGUUUUUCCUCACAGGUAGUCCUGCAUUCUGUUUCUUCAUCUCUGGACCACAGUUAAAGCUCUCUUCUGUGUGCACAGACACAGAUAACCUCAUUGCUCCAUUACUUACUGCUACACUCUGGAAAGCCUAUCAAAAUAGCUACGUAUUCUGUGUCCAGCUGGAAAAGUAGAGGUUACAGGGUAAACCUCACCUGCUAAACUGGUGCUGAGAGCCUGCCAGCAGUUCUAGUAGGAAGCUCAUGACUUGCUUUUUCCUUUUUGAGAUAGCAAUUGCUGCAGUUAUGUUAUUUUUAUGAGUUAAUAGGUAAAAUAACUUUAAAUACAUAUAUAUAUGUAUAUCUUUCAGGUUAUUACCUGCUGGCUCAGGGACUGACACUUUUUCUAAAUACACUAUUGCAAGUAAUGGUGUAUGUUAAAAAAAAAAUUGUGAUAAUUUUUACACUUCCAAAGAAUCACAUCUGCAGUCAGGAAGUCCUGCUUUACUACAGCAUCCUUCCUUGUAGUUGCAGAUCUGUACUAAUACAUUUCCUUACAACUAAGUUUUAAAUGCUAUCUUGCACCUAUUAAUAGAAGUUUGUCUUCCAUGCAUCUCAUCUCAUUUCUCUUUAAUUGUGUUCCAAGGUCCAUUGCUGUAUCAUGUCUUCAUUUACAUGCUCUAUAGUUGUUAUUGACAGGAAACAAACCAGAAACUUGUCAACUAGUAAUAAAAUAGGCUACAUUCUUUUUGAUUUUUUUUUGUUGUUGUUGCUUCCUACAUGUAUUUAACCAGUAUUUGGCAAACAAUGGUUUUAAUUAUGUGCACUGUACAAAUUUAAGCAUAGCUCUAACCAAGUACUGAAUGAGGUAUUCAGGGCCUCAGGACAGUUUUGUUCUUUCUUUUUUAAUACAUACCAGUGAAGUGUUUCUACAUACUUGUGUUGCAGUGGUGUCAGUGCUGUACUGCAGUGAGUCGAUUGGCCACACAGCAGUGCAAGAAACCUUAAACGUAUUUCCAUCUUGGAAAGAGAUGACUGUAGGCAGUGACCCAGUUUGUUUUUGGCACUUAAUGCUCUAGUAUUCCGAUUUGUCCUUACUGCUCUAAAGGCAGAUGCAGACAAAGGCUCUACUGAUGCAUACUCUAUUUAUACGUGGUGAUGAUAUGGCCUGGUUUUGAAUGGAGCUUUCCAUUCCUGUGCCACUUGUUGCCACAAACCUCUCUCACAUGCAUUGAAGCACAUGAGAGCAGCCUGAUAGGGCUGCAGUACAGAUGUAUCAGGAAUGCAGCACGCCAGCAGGCUCCCUGUCCCAUGUCCCCAGCCACCCGCACUGUAGCAAAGAAAAAAUAACUGUGUGCAGAGCACUGGGGUGUGAAGCAUUCACCACGUGCCGAUAUGUCAACUACUGAUCGCAGUGGACCCUUCCAAGACAAUUCUGGGGGCAUGCAGGAGGAAAAGAAAAAUACUUAACGUUGAAUGCAUUGCUGAGUGCCAAGGGUUGAUCUGCAUUAAGGGGGAGAUGCUGCUCACUUGGAGUCUUCUGGAACCAGCUUAGCACAAGAAGUCCUUCAGUCGCCCUGAGCUGCUGGAGGUGCAACUGCAACAGCAAAAUAGGGAUGACUGCAACUUCGGAAGGCCUGACUUCUUCUAAUCCUGACACAUGAAAGCCUGAUGCUAAGGUCAUCCAUCUCUGCUAGACAUCAACAGUAUUCAACUUACAACCAGACAUAUGGGGUUCUUUUAUUUGCUUUUUUUAAAAAAUAAAAAGGAUGCUGGUUUAUUACUGCAUGUUUUGUUGUGCUUAAGUGAAAUAUGAAACAUUUCUUUAGACAUGCAAUCUGGGUUUUAAGUCUCUGAAGCCUUCAGAGGUCAUGUAUUUUUUAUCAGACAAAAGCAUCUGCAAGUUGGUUUCAAGUAUAAAUAAUUAAAUCUCAUGAUUACCAUUUUUUAACAUUAGGUACUUAUUUAAAAUCCUAGUAUGUAUUUCCUAGGGACAGCAAACAAAUACAUCA